AAUUCAGAAUGAGUUCAACCAGUAGUGAAAGUGAUGAUGAAGUUUAUGAUUUCAAUUUCAUUGAAAGAGACAGCAAAGCUCAAACCAAAAUUGAUAAUACUGUUAAUCAAAAAUAAGCAUAGAAAAUCUAUGUUUAAUCAAGAAUUCUUGCCUCUCAAUUUUAAAUUGGUGCAAACACCAAGUUCUAAGGCAUCUCAGUUCUUAGAGUCAAGCCAUUUGAGAAAGGUACUAUUAUCAAGCAAAUUAGGUACCUAAUAAUGUUACCAAGAUGGAUUUUAAAUAAAGACUCUAAAGAACAUAGUCCUCUUGAUACUAAUAAAAGGCUAAGAAAUAUUUUUUCUUUGGGAAAGUUGGAUCACCUUCAAACUCCUUUCAUGAAAUCAGUGACUAGGAAGAAUGUGAUCCCUAAGGAAUGCUCGAGUAGCCUAUUACCAAAAUAAAUAUAAGCCAAAGUUUGACCCAGUCGAAGGUUUCAAUAUCAAGGAAUAUUUACUCAAAAGUGUAAAGAAAAUCAUAGAGCCCUUCUGAGAUAAAAUAGAGAAGGAAAAACCUAAGCCUAAAUAAAGAACCCAUCCUUAAAGACACCAAGUUUAGCAAAGAGUUAGAAUAUUAUGUUAACAGACAAAAGAAUGGAAUUAAGAAUUAUUUCGAUAAAUCAAAAAAAAAUGGACAGAAUUUGUUCAAAGCUCUGAAAUUAAAACCUAAUUUGAAGGUAAUGGAUCUGAAGAAGCUAAAUUGAAAUUAUACAUCUAAAAGAAAGCUUAAUACACAGAGUCUAAUUACUAACCAAACACUUUCGAAAGAUCUAAAUUGAGUGAGAAACCCUCGAGAAUAUAUUAAGAAAUUAAAAAUUCCUAAAAAGCCACAAUUAUCUGUCAGAACACGAACAGCAGCUCACAAGACCCAAAACACUAAACCCAACCACAACCUCAAGUGCAGAAAAAUGAGCCAACAGCCCAAAAAACCCCUAAAACCCGCCAAAACCCCAAAACCCCAAAACCCCAAAACCCCAAAACCCCUUGAGUCUCCUUCAAAAUAG